AGGGCGCAGUUUAACUGUGAAACAAUGUUCGCAUGUCCAGCAUAAAUUUCCGGCAAGUUUUUUCCGUGAUAACGGCUCCAUGUAUGGCUUGGAGAACCACGUGUCUCGCCUGCUUUUUACUUUUGAUUACCAAGUUAUCAAUAGCAGGAAGUCAGGUCACAAUGAUGCCGCGUACACACUACUCACUUCGAUCCCGAAAUACGAAAAAAUUCUUUUUAUUCAGCAGAGGAGUGGAUGCGCAAUCCGUCGUGUGCAUCUGUCUUUUUAUUCCGGUCAUAUACAUAUUAUUAUCUACAAAGCUGUUUCAACCAUCUAAAAAAUACUAUUCUCAAUGGCCUGAAGAAGAUUUUGAAGAUAUCCUUGAAAAGCCGCAGGAAGACGAGCAACUUGUGGAAUUUGCACGCAAGAGCAUUUUAAUUCCUUCCCAGUUGUUUGCUCCGUACAAUUUGAAUAAUCCAGAAUUGAUCAGCCAGUCAAGAUUUGGGCUCGAGAAAAAAGUUUUGAUUGCCCUGCAGAAUAAGACUGCUGGCUUUUUCAUUGAGAGCGGCCACUUUGACGGCGAGUUGGAUUCGAACACUUUGUAUUUGGAGCGAUUUUUGGGCUGGCAAGGCCUUUUGGUGGAGGCUGAUCCCCUGCACUUUGACGCCCUUUCCCAGAAGAAAAGAAAAGUGUGGCUAGCACAGAUUUGCCUGAGUCCCAAAAAGUCUCCCCUUUUGAUUUCUCAUGCAAAGAAAGGCAAUGGGCAGGAAAAGAUGGACCUGUGCCUGCCUCUGACCACUUUGCUGCUAGCCUUAAACAGAAAGCACGUCGACUACCUCAGUUUGGACGCGAAGGGCAGAGAACUUCAAGUUUUACAAACAGUUGACUUUGACAAGUUCAGCUUUUUGGCUAUCACAGUGAAACAUCAGAAUUUAAAUAGCUCAAUGAAGGUAACAUUGCGGCAGUUCAUGGAAGAAAAAGGAUAUAAAGUGGUGCAUGGAAAAGGUUGGGAGCUCGAGGAAAUGGAUUUGAUUCUGAUUAAGGAAACUCUGCCGGCGUAAAUGCUAACAUUUUUUGCCUAAAACAUGAUUGUAGACUUUCAUUAAAACAGAAGAACAUGACUGUAUGACCAGUAAAAAGUGAAUCAGCUUUUUGAGUAAAAAUGCAUUUCUAAGAAUUUAUCUGAGAAUUUUGGAAAAAAGUAACCCAAGAUAACCAAAUUUUCUCGUUAAGGGGAGUGUAUGUAGCAAAAAUCAUUAAGAUUGAACCAAAAAUGAAUUUUGAAAUUAUUUUUUUUGUGUUAGUAUAAAAUACUAAAAAUGUCCUGUUAGUAAAUAAAAAACAAAGCUUUUUGAGUUCUUCUGAUGGCCCAUGUUAACAUCACAAAAUUGAACUAGUUUGAGGAAAAAUAUUGAAUUGUUAAAGCGGAAUAAUUGCAUACUUUCCCUGUAAGGUCAUUGAGCUUUGAUUUGUAAUAAAGAAUGCAAUAUUAAACUGAUCAAUCUGA